GCUCAUUUGAUUUGCACCCGGGAAGUCAAGUUGUGGUGGCGACUUAUCAUUAAACCUGCACAUCCUCCACACUUCCAUGCUAGAAAGUUCCCUUCGCUUACAAAUUCCAGCAUUACUUCCACGGCGCUCUUGAACGGGGAGUAUAUAGCCUCGUCUCACAACAAUAUUGUGAGGCAAUCCACAACACGUCGGAUACAAUCUCCUUUCGCUGUGACUAGCCUCAGACAAGGGUGAUUAUUCCUUUGAAUGACGACAUGCACUACCUCUUGGCACGAGAACAUGUGACUAAUCAACUCAUGUCGUGCACAUCCCCGUUUGACAUCCUCUGAACUGUAUGUAUACCUAUGGGCUAACUUGUCUCCGAUUAAAGGGCUGGGGUCAUUUAUUGUGUCCGAUCGGCGCAAACCAUGGAACAAAAACCAACGCACUCUUCGUCAGCUCCAACAAAAUCGUCAAUUAUCGAGAAUUAUACUAGUGAAAGGGCGAAGGCUGAUCUCGAAAAGGCUAUCGGCAUGGAUCUGCCUCCCGAGGUUGACUUUAGUUCGUACAAAGCUUCCAAAGAAGAGAGAACUUCGUUGCCAAAAUCAAGUCCCAACCGCAUUACAUCCCAAUCAAGCGACCCUGAGUAUUUCGCCGGUGAAAUUAGUGCUGAGGGUACUGCGGCAAGAGAAGAUACGAAGAAGUUGCUUAGGGAUUACGCCUCCUCGUUUAAGAAGACACCAGUGGCUAGAGAAGUUGGCAAUGGUACUUCAUAACAAUAUCAUUCUAAUCACCUUUGGCAUCAAGAACAUUCAGUUAUAAGCUUAUACGCGGGUCAGCACGGACAAGAAACGGGAUGUUUACUGAGAUAGGUGUUGAAGAUUCAGUCCAGAUACCUUCCGAUGUGGGAGAUGACAAGGAGAAGGAUUAGUCAUUUCUUGUUCACCAUUUGUUAAUACAUCUCCAACCUGCGGAAUCUCCCUCUGAGAGCGUGUAUAUAUAUGUGCAAGAUGGGAAGCCAUGAUUGUGAAGAUGUAAAUGACGAAAAAAAUAAUGAGCAAACAUCUCGAGCCCGAGCAUAAUCUCAUAUCUUUAACAUAUUCACUCGUCUGCGCGGGUGUAUGCGCGUACCGUGGACGUGAUCGCCGGACGUGAUCCACGGUGCCCGUCCAGUUUGUUCUGUAUGUCUAUACUCUUUAUCGCUGAGCUACCUAUGCGGUCGGCUGCCCCGUGCAAUAGUUGCUUGUUUGGUAAUACGCUUUAUGAAGUGCCGAUGGGACCGGAGU